AUGGCAUCAAUCACAGUAUCGAGCGGUCCCGAGAUCUAUACUACCGACUCAAUAUUGCAAAGCGCCAAGACUCAAUCUAUCCUUGUGCUACAAGCUCCUCUCGAAAAGUACACUCUCAUGCAUAAUUAUCCAAUUCCUUCCCUGCGCGACGCCACGGAGAUUCUUGUGCAGACUGAAGUGAUAGGACUCAACCCCAUCGAUUGGAAGUCGCCAGAUUUCAAUUUCGGAAUACCACACUUUCCUUUCGUACCUGGACGGGAACUUGUUGGGAUUGUGUCGCAGAGUCACACGGCAUCGCGCUUCAGACCUGGCGAUAGAGUCAUUGUUAUCUCGACAGACUACAGAGACGCAAGGAAAGCAGCAUAUCAAGAAUUUGUUGUCGCGCCAAACUACAAUGUGGUGAAACUGCCACGGCAGCUAUCGCCAGAGCAAGGCGCCGCGCUAGGUGUUGCUUUCGUGACUUCGGCUUUGGCUUUGGGAAGCUGCUUCGGGCUGAGCUUCAGCGACAUUAUGGAUGGACCAGACUUGAGAGCCUUGAUUCACAGUGUGAAUGAAAAGCGAAUACCGGAAGAUGUUCAACAUGAGGCGCUUCGCUCAAUUGACGACCAGGAGAGGGCACUUGAGGGCGAUUGGGUCGCGAUUUGGGGAGGUAUGCCAUCAUGA